AAACGAACCCGAAAAGCAACUCAGGAGAACAAACUCCCAGAAAGCUAUAUCCAGGGCCUAACUACCUAACUAGAGUUGAAACAGCAUGGAGUUUAACCAAACUUUAGCAUUCUGGGAAAUGUAGUCCCAGAAGAGCACCAGAGCAAGGCGCUUCCACAGAGGCAUUCUGGGAAUGGUAAUUCCCGCUCCAGCGCCGCUAAAGUAGCUUCCACUUCCGCAAGCCAAGGCGGCCUGGUGGUGCUCCAGAUGAAGUGAGAUCCCAGAGCGUCCUGCGGCCCUGGUCACUCUUGCUCCCGCUUGCUUCCCAGAGCCCUGCCUUGUCUCAGAGAGGAGAGAACAAUGACCAAGUCACAGGAGGCAGUGACGUUCAGGGACGUGGCCGUGGUCUUCAGUGAGGAGGAGCUGAGGCUGCUGGACGCUGCCCAGAGGAAGCUGUACCACGAUGUGAUGCUGGAGAACUUCAGGAACCUCCUGGCCGUGGGAGGCCAGAGUCCAAAUAAGAAGGAGAUUGUUGAUGCAACAGGAUUAAGGUGCCUUUUGCUGGGGCAGCUUCUAUGCCGGGAAAUAACAAGCCAUAAUAUCAACAAACUAGCCAGAGCUCCAGAAGCUGUAAUCAACACUCAGGGAAAGGGUUCUUGGAGUAAAAGACAUCUUAGGAAAAGACAGAACCAUCAGAAACACUGUCUGCAGACUCUGAUGAAAAACAAGCCCCAGCUGUCGGCUCAGCAUUCUCCUGCACACAGUACGCAGGAGGACACCAGGCAUAGCGUCAGUGUCCCCGUUCACCAAGGCACUCAUCCAGGAAGAAAGCGCUUCUGCUGUCGCGAGUGUGGCAAAGGUUUCAGUAAAAGCUCAGCACUUCAGACUCACCAGAGAACGCACACGGGGGAGAAGCCCUGCAGAGGCAACAGCUGUGGGAAAAGCUUCAGUCGUGGCUCUGAUCUCAGCAGCCACUGCCAAGGGCACACCGGAGAGAAACCUUACAAGUGUGAAGUGUGUGAGAAGGGCUUCAUGCGGUGUUCACACCUCCAGGCUCACAAGAGAAGUCACACAGGAAAGAAGCCAAAUAAGUGUGGAGACCGUGGCAGGCGCUUCGGCUGUAGCUCGAACCUCCACGCCCACCAGAGAGUCCACACUAAGAACAAACCGUACAAGUGUGAUUACGGGAAGUGCUUCAGCUUGAGAUUCAACCUCCACAGCCAUCAGCGGGUCCACACGGGAGAGAAGCCAUAUAAAUGUGAAGAGUGCGGGAAGGCUUUCAGUCGGUUCUCACAUCUUCGGACUCAUCAGAGAGUGCACACAGGGGGAAAGCCCUAUCAGUGCGACAACUGUGGGAAGGGCUUCAGCCGCAGCUCAGAUCUCAACAUCCACCGCCGAGUGCACACCGGAGAGAAACCUAACACUUGUGAUGUGUGUGGGAAGGGCUUCACCCAUUUGUCACACCUCCAGGCCCACGAGAGAAUUCACACAGAUCAGAAGCCAUAUAAGUGUGGAGACUGUGGCAAAAGCUUCAGCUGUAGAUCAAACCUUCACACCCACCAGAGAGUCCACACGGGAGAGAAACCCUAUAAAUGUGAGGAGUGUGGGAAAGGCUUCAGUCUUAUCUCUAGUCUACUGGCUCAUCAAAGAGUCCAAACUGUCAAGAAGCCAUUCAAAUGCAAUUCCUGCCAGAAGCGAUUCAGUCAGGCCUGGAACCUCCAUGCCCACCAGAGGGUGCACACAGGGGAGAAGCCCUACAAAUGUGACACGUGCGGGAAAGCCUUCGGCCAGAGGUCUGGUCUCCAAAUCCAUCAGAGAAUUCACACCGGGGAGAAGCCUUUCAAGUGUGAGGAGUGUGGGAAGAGAUUCAGCCUGAAUUCUGGACUUAUUGCUCACCGGAGAGUCCACACGGGAGAGAAACCCUACGAAUGCCAGGAGUGUGGGAAAGGCUUCAGUCUUGCCUCAAGCCUACGGACUCAUCAGAGGAUUCACACUGGUGAGAAGCCCUUCCAAUGCAGUGAGUGCCAGAAGCGGUUCAGUCAGGUCUCACACCUCCAGUCCCAUCAGAGAGUGCACACCGGGGAGAAGCCCUUCGAAUGUGACACGUGUGGAAAAGCCUUCAGCCAGAAGUCUGGUCUCCAAGUCCAUAAGAGAAUUCACACCGGGGAGAAGCCGUUCAAGUGUGAGGAGUGUGGGAAGGAGUUUAUCUGGAGCUCAGGGCUUAGUGCUCACCGGAAGGCUCACACAGAGAAACCCUACAUGUGUCAGCAGAAUGGGAAGGGCGCCAUCAGGCCUCACACUUCCAAUUGACAGUCUGUGCCAAUGUAAACAUAGCAGGAGCUUUAUAUCAAGUCUGUGAGAAGAUAAUUAGAAACAAAAUAUAACUUAGCUAUUAAACAUGAGAAAAAGCAUUAUGAAACCUGGCGAAAUUAUACAAGUAGUCAAAUAGCAUUCUGAUAGGAAAUGAUGCAUUUAGAUUUAUAUUUAACAAUUUUAUAUCCUCCCUAGAUAUAGUCUGCAGUCUCUUCUUUUGAAGGGGUCUCUGGCACGGUGGAGAGUCUGCAGAGGAUGAUGGCUGAAGUGGGCAUGAAGGAGGUGGCAGGUGUGGAAGUCUCUGUCCAUGGAGAAGGCCUGGUCCAGUCAAGUGGUCUGGCAUCUAUAGGGUCCUGUAAAUAUAUAAACAGAGGUCCCAGAAAAACAUCCAGUCUUUUUUUUUAUUAUCCAGCGAGUAGGUCUUUAUUUUAUUAGAGGCUUGAGAUUUUUUAAAGGGGGACUUAUUUUUUGUUCUAUGAUAAGGAUAUGUGUGGCAUGAAUUCAUUAAGCUGCUCUAUGCUUCUGUGACAGGUUGCAUGCCCAAGAGCUCUCCGGAUUCAUAAAUGAAAGAUGCAUACACACACACACACACACACACACACACACACACACACACACACACACAUACUAGUUAAUUUUGAUAUGCCUUGACUAGCUCAAAGACUGGGCACUUGUAAUGCUUCCCAUGGCUAGCAAACACUACCCUCCAGUAUUACACAGUUAACAUAUUUUAAAAUCUAUAUUUCAUCUCUGCUACCCUGGACUCAAUCAGGGUUAGGGUUCGGGUUCAGGUUAGUGUUCGGGUUAGG